AUACAAAUGUCACUUUUAAUUUUAUUUUUGUUAAACUGAUUGUGAUUUUGUCUUUGUGAUGUGAGGGUAAUUAUUAUUUAAUGAUGGAUUGGAUUCAUUGCAAUAAUUGUUUUGCUCAAUUAGAACCUGGAAUUACUUUACAUUUAACAUCAUGUGGUCACAUGUUUUGUAACUGUUGCUUAGAGAAAGGCGGUAAAGACAGCACAUGUUUAAUAUGCCGAGCGCCGUGUUCCAUCAUGAAACUCGUUCCGGACAUGAAACAAGAGGUUCAAGAUUACUUUACCGAUCCGGAGGAACUAAUUAAAAAGUCCUGUGAGGUGUUACAGUUUCAGAGGCAACAUAGACGGCGGUUGUUAUCAUAUUUAUUACAAUCGACGAAAAAGUUCCACACAGCCCGCACUGAGUUGAAACGUAUGACGGAGUUGUGCCAAAAGCAACACAACCAACUCAAGGAGUACCAGAGAACUAUAAGGAGUUUGGAAGCUCAACUGGCGAGCCAAUCGAAGCAAAUAUCACCGUUCAACAUCCCCAUAUCGCCCGGGACCAACAUAUCCCCAAGCUUCGUGCAAACCACGCCGACUUAUAAGCGAAACGCGAAGAGUACGCCGUUUUCUGUCCAGUAUCAGUCGAACCUGGUCACCCCGACGCGGAUAAGCAAGCAGAGGUCGGCCAACAUCAGCGCGCAUAGUCAGCGUUCGAACACUUCAAACAAGAUAUCUUCAACUGUCUUCACACCACCGACUCCAGAGUCCGCUGGGUACUCCAACUUUUUAAAGAGUCUUUAAUGGUAUUCCGAACGCAUCCAAAAACUCGCUCGCGUAUGCCAGUGCGAAUUUCCAUAAAGAAAUAUAUCUACAUUUAUUUUUUAUUACCGACUGCUGGCAUUGGAAAACGAAUUAUUCAGCCUAUUUUCUUUAGGCCUGUGUUACAUUAUGUGACAGCACGUUGUGUAUGACACGAAUACUAUAUUACUUUAUGUCAAAACUCGAGAUAUGGGGAUGAAAUGGCACGGAACAUGACAUGCGGUUUAUGCUAAAUUGCGGUUUUGUGCCAGACGUUACCUACAUUAUUUUCAUGUCUCAUUUAGAAGAAAAUUUUCGUUAAUUCAAAAAUGACGAUAAAGCUUAUUUUAUUUUUUUAAGAAUAGUAAUAUACCUAUGUUCUUACCUUUUUAAAUUUAAAUUGAUUCCAAUCGUGGCACAGCUGAUUGAGUAAAAUCGUGCGUUCGAAAUUUUAAAUAGUGCAGAACACAAACUUUAUUUUAUUUCUUAUAGUCAUUAAAUUUGUUCUAUUUUGUUUAUUUCUUGCAUUGCUUUUUUUUAACAGAAACAGAGUUUUUACUGCGAAUGAACGAGCGUUAAUUGAUAUUCGGGCUAUGAUAAAUGUAAAACCUUCACGUUCAAUAAAUCAAAUCAACUUUUUCUAAACAAACCAAUGUCUUUGCCAAAUGAUCAUAACAAAUCAAUCUUGCCGUUUAAUUACUAUUUCGUAAAAAAACGUUUACCGGAUGAUUUGCUUUCUAGGUUUUUCAGUAGCAGUAAUGAAUCAGGCUAUAUGUCAAAUAGUCCGUUACGAUCGCCCGGGGUAUAUUGCAAUGGACACGGAAAAUGUACAUUCAAUAAAAUGAAGAUGAUGAGGUUCGAUUAGAAUUCUUUUUUUAAGUUCAAAGUAAUGAGGUGUUAUUUAUUUUUAACGAAUAGUGACUAGUACA